AUGGCACCAGCAAAGCGCCGCGCAUCAAAUCGCAACUCACUCAAGCCAGCCGUGGGGACAGCAGCAGAACCCAACUCUCCCUCAACAACAACACCCAUCCGCACCCCAGAAGCGACACCAUCCAACGGCACGUUGAACGGUGACGGUGCGCCGUCGAUUUAUCAGGGGAAGGAGAAGGAGCCCGCGAACGAGGACGAGUCGGACCAGCGGUGUCCCGCAUGCACGGAGGAGACGCUGGGUCUGAUCAACGGCUCGCGCAGGGAGAACUGGAUCGAGUGCGAUAAUUGCAACACCUGGUACCACUGGCGCUGUGCCGGGAACGGUGAGGACGUCAACAACAUCGCGAAAUGGUAUUGCGAAGCAUGCACCAAGGCAGAUCCAUCUCGCAUCAUGACACUCAAACCACCCGCCCGCAAGUCCUCCCGCAAACGCACGCAGCGCGAUUACGCCUCUCUCGAUUCCGGCAUGGGCUCCGAUCCUAAUCGCUUCUUCCGCAUGCUCGAGACAAAGGACAUCAAGCCUGACCCGUUCAGGCGGAUGAAAGGCAGCGAGCUCGAUACUUGGUUGGAAGAAGACGACAGCGCUAUGCGCGAGCCUAUCGUCAUCGAGCAGCCAGAUGGACUCGGCAUGAAAAUGCCACCUCGCGACCUCACUGUGGAGCAUGUAGCAGAGUAUAUUGGCGAGGAUGUGCCGUUGGAGGUCAUGGAUGUGGCCUCGCAAUCAACAGCACCUGGCUGGAACUUGGGCAAAUGGGCAGAUUAUGUCGAGUUGGAACCCUCGAAACGCGAAAAAGUGUUGAACGUUAUUUCAUUAGAGAUUUCUGGCACCGAGCUUGCAGAUAUGGUUCUCCCUCCCAAAAUAGUAAGAGACUUGGAUUGGGUGGAGAACUUUUGGCCAAGCACGAGGAAGGGAAAGAAUAACGCGUAUCCCAAAGUGCAAUUGUACUGUUUAAUGGGAGUGGCAGGUGCCUGGACGGACUGGCAUAUUGAUUUUGCGGGGUCAUCUGUAUAUUAUCAUAUUCUUCAUGGAUCAAAAGUAUUUUACUUUAUACGACCAACGGCAGCUAAUUUGGCUGCGUAUGAAAAGUGGUCUGGGAGCGAGUUGCAGUACCAGACAUGGUUGGGGGAUAUGGUGGACGAGGUGUACAAGGUUGAGCUGGUAGAGGGAAACACGAUGAUUAUCCCGUCUGGAUGGAUUCAUGCAGUACACACGCCUGUUGACACACUUGUGUUUGGAGGCAACUUUUUGCAUUCGUAUGAUGUAGCAACGCAGCUGCGUGUGCGGGAGAUUGAGAUGGCGACACAGGUGCCGAAAAAGUUUACGUUCCCAAUGUUUACCAAACUGUGCUGGUACGUAGGGGACAAGUACCUGCGGGAUCUCAAGUCUGCCUCAGGGGCGUCGUAUCCGCCACGGGUGCUUGAUGGGAUGCUGAGGCUGGCAGAGUUUCUGGUGUCAGAGGCACGAGUGCUUGAGACGGGGAGCGACGCUGCAAAGAAAGAGGCGAAAGAGAGCAUACCAGCAGACCGAGUGAAGGACGGACCAGCUGUUGCGCGGGAGCUGCGAUGGCGGGUGAAGCAGGCGAUGGGGUACGCGAGCGACGAGGAAGGGAGCAAGACGAAGCGACAGCGGGUGGGAUCUGGACACUUUCGACAUUUCCGACCCAAGAUAUGGGAUCUGAACGCGAGCUACGAGGAUGGGGAGACGGAGGAGGUUGUGGCGGCCAAGAGACCGGAGAGCGGGACAGGACUGGAGGAGAGCUGGCUAGGGGGAGUUGUAGCAGGAGAGGACAAGGCAGUUGUGCGUCGGCGGGUGGAGAGAGUGAGCAAGGUGCGACGGACAGGGACAGGGCUGGAGCGGCAUGUAAUAGAGAGACGCAUAGAAGAGUGGAAGACAGCCGGAGCUGCCCCACUGUAUUUCUUGUCUCUUUUCUCCCGUCUUCUCCUCUUGACUCCUCCCACAGCAGACCCGCCCCAGUACGAUGAUCACCUGCCAGACUCUUUCAGCACCCUCUCUCUCGCCGACCCCAUUCCCCGUGCUGCCUCUGCCAUGUCCCAUGCCUCCGCUCCCCCGCGCACACACCCACCCCCCAGGCACGCCAUGACCCUUCCUCCCAACCAGCAGUACCCCCACUCCGCCUACAGCGACUCUGCCGCACCCCCGCCCCAGCACUACCACAUCAACGGCCCUCCGCCUCCACAUCACAACGAGUACGACGACUACCACUCGGCUUAUCGCUCUCCAGACAGCUUCGCCCCCCAUCCCCAGUAUCCACCGCCCCAGCAGCAUCUCCAUCCCCAUCACCACCAGCCAUGGCAGCCCCCGCCUCCCCCUCAGAACUACCACAACCCCCUCUUUGCUGCCGCGUCUAAUGUCCUCGGCAUGGCUCCUCCCCCGCACCCACAGGGUCCUCCUAUCCAGCGAAAUCCUGCCCAUGCUCCUCCCAUGUCCUCCGAUCGCAGUGUCUACGCUGCCUCUGUCUCCUCGGGUCAUUCUGGGAGCUCUGGCCAGCCUUCCUUCCAGUCCAACGAUCAGUAUUCCGUCCAGCAGCAUCACGAUUUCGACCCUCGUCCCCCCUACGAGCGCGCUGCUACCUCUGCCUCUCUCGCUCCCUCCUCUACAAAAAGCAAGGCCGUCGAUCUCAGCUCGCCCCCUUUUACCAAAGAAUACAUAGAUCAGUAUCGCCAGAGAAUCAAGGCGGAUCCAGACCCCGAGGCUCACUUUCUCUACGCCAAAUACCUCAUCGAUGCUGCCAAACAUAUCCGUACCUCAAAUACAGACGCACGUGGCGCGAAAAAGUACAGCGAAGUUCUCAUCGGCGAAUCUCUCAAGGUCAUCCGCAGACUCGCUACACAGGGCGAAGCAUAUGACGAGGCUCAGUUUUUCCUCGCCAACUGCUACGGCACUGGCGCCCUCGGUCUCCAGGUCGACCACGAGCGCGCCUACCACCUCUAUCUCCAGGCCGCGAAGCAGAACCAUGCCGCCGCGUCCUAUCGCGUCGCCGUCUGCAAUGAGAUUGGCGCAGGCACCAAAAAGGAGCCGUCGCGCGCAGCCGCGUUCUACCGCAAGGCCGCCUCGCUCGGUGACACCCCUGGCAUGUUCAAGCUCGGUAUGGUGCUCCUGAACGGUGCACUCGGCGAGCAGAAAAACCCCCGCGAAGCUAUCAGCUGGCUCAAGCGUGCCGCGGAGCAGGCAGACGAGGAUAACCCCCACGCGCUCCAUGAGCUCGCGCUGCUGUACGAAAACCAGACGGGCGCGCUCGUGCCGUACGACCCUGCAUACGCCAAAAGUCUGCUCACGCAGGCUGCCCAGUUGGGCUAUACCCCGUCGCAGUACAAGCUUGGCCAGUGCUAUGAGUACGGCUCGCUCACUUGUCCUGUUGACCCCCGUCGAUCAAUAGCCUGGUACACCAAGGCUGCGGAAAAGGGAGACGCCGAGGCAGAGCUCGCGCUCAGUGGAUGGUAUCUCACGGGAAGUGAAGGUGUUCUCAAGCAAAGCGAUUCAGAAGCUUACCUCUGGGCACGACGCGCCGCGAACAAGGGGCUCAGCAAGGCAGAGUAUGCCGUCGGGUACUAUGCUGAAGUGGGCAUAGGUAUCAAGCAAGACAUUGAAUUCGCCAAGCGAUGGUACAUGCGUGCUGCUGCACAAGGCAACAAACGUGCCAUGAAUCGAUUAACAGAAAUGAAGCGCAUGGGCAACAAGCGUGGAAAUGUCGCCCGACCAACGCGACAACAGGCCAAAGACGAGUGCGUCAUCAGUUGA